CUUUACAUUCAGUCAGACUGAGCAGCUCACAGUGAACACGUCCUCAACAGAGAACAAGCAGUAGUUCAGGAGCAGCCAGUCGGACUCCCAACAGGUGCUGCUAAGUUACCAGGUGUUUGUUGCCGUGACGAUGGUGAUCUUGAGGAUGAUGAGAAAUGUUUCUGUGUCGACUUUGACUCGACCAAAAGAAAUAAUGAAGGAGACGAAGAAGAUGAUCUACAGCAAACCUCCCAAAAACAAGAUCGGACCCGCACAAAGUUUCUUCGUCAUGGCGGUGUUCGCGGUGGCCUUGUUGACUCCAGCUGCCUGGAUCCUUCAUCACCUGCCAGAGUACCGCCAGCGGUCCAAACAGCCGCCCAGACACUGAUCCUCGCCAUCAUCAUCAUCUUUAUCUUCCUCACCGCUAACAACUCGUCAAUAUAUUCUAAACUAUAAUCAGUUUAUUCAACUUUAAUGAUUUUAUGACGACAUAAUCGAUGUGUAUCGUGGUAGUUGUAGAACAGAGUUGUGAUUUAAAGAAUCAGAGCGGCGUGUUUCUCUCCUCGUGUUCAUCAGGUCGUCUUCUUCUCUUCUUCUUCUCUGUGUUGUUCUGACGUUUGUCCAAACAGGAAGUGUUUGUGUGUUUGAAGCUCCAGUUUGUGUUUGUUUAGUUUGUUAAUCACUUCCUGUUUGGGAACAUCAGUUCCCACGGAGACGACGACGACGACGACGUGAUUAAACCCGAAAGACUGAGCUCAGAGGAAGGAAGGCGUCUUCAUCACCAUAAUCAUCAUCAUCAUCAUAUUUUAACAUUUCACAAAUAUUUACACGCUCCAACAUGUCGGAGUUUUAAUGUAAAGUGAACAAACAUAAAUGUUUUACAUAUUGAAUAAAUGUGUCUCAGCUCCA